AAAUCUGUUUUUCUAAUUUCUUUUUUUUUUUGUAGAUGAUGUCAACGUUACAUAUUUGAGCAAUAAUGAUACUUCAGUAAAAAGAACACAAAAGUUUGACGAUUCAGAAGUAAGCGACAGCGGUAAAAGCUGUAUUAUUGAAAACAGUGAAGGAUUUGAAAUAAUCGAAUGCCUAAAAAAUCUUAAACCGAUAAAAGCAAUAAUGGGUAUAUUUAAAGAAUUGGGAGACAGCGAAAUAUACGACUACUCAUUACAAGAAACUCUAGUUGAUUGUUUGAGUGAUGAAACAGUUUACGUUUAUCUGAGUUUACUUGCUAGUAAUCAAGAUAAGAACAAAAUUGAAGUACUAGCACCAGCCGGAUUACUAUCACAAGAAGUGUUACCAAAUAAAACAGCUUUGAUUCAAAGGAAAAAUUUGGAUGAGUUGUUAAAACUAGAUAUUCUUAUAUGCUGUGUUGUUGCAAAACAUCAUUGGACGCUUACAAUAAUCAAACCAAAGGAAAAGAGCUUUUAUUUACAUCAAUCCUCUUGGCGAAAUCUUAUCUUCAAUAAAAAAAGAAGAAAUAAAAUGGAAUAACUAUUUGAAACAAAGGUAUGGAAUUUCAGAAACAUUUAAAAUAAUGACAUUGCCACAUGCACUGCAAAGAGACAGCAUAUCGUGUGGAGUCUUUUGUCUUAAAGUAAUGUGAAAUACUUUUUAUUUUUUCACAAUUUUUAUAAAAGAUAUAUAGUUCCGUUAUUUUUUAUUCAUCAUAAAGAUAGCAGCAAAUAUCUUCAAAGUCUAAUCAAAAGCUGCAUCAGUUAUUUUUUAUAAUGAAUCUGGAUAGUGAUGCAAUAAUAAGACUAAACCCAAAUAAUAUUGAUGCAAAUGAGCAGUGCUCAUUAACGGUAUACCAAUUGAGCUAUCCAGUAACUAAAUAAAUACAGCUCUAUUACCAUAUAUGCCUACCAACAAAUUUUUAAUUCGAGUGUUCAUUGUUUAGAGGCAACUUCAGACUCUUGUUAUCUCCUCCUCCCCCCCUCCCUAUCAUCCACUUUGAAAAAUUAUCACAAAUUUUUUAGGUAGCUCAACCUAAGCCGAGUUUAAUAAAACAUUCGUUAUAGUUAAGAGUUCUAAAUUAAAAUUUUUUAGUUUGCUAAAAACUUUAUGAAUGGAGAAGAGUUGGCAAUGUCCUUUCCUUUAGAAGAAGUAGUUCUAUAUCGAAACAAGGUGGUGCACUAUCUUAUAGAUAGAGGAGGUUUGUUAUUUAUUAAAUUGUUUAAUAAAAAUAUAAAUAUACCUGUAAAAAAAUAACAGUUGACAAAAUUUAAACUCAGGUCAACAUAAUUGGAAAGAUGUUUUGUGUCGCAUAUGUGGUAAUGCAAAAGGACC